CUUUCUGAGCGCCAUUCUGAAAUGACAGAAAAAACAAAAAACACACACACACAGACAUGAAUACGACUGAAAAUGUCAUUUCAAAGCUUAAUCUAUGAUACUUAACACACAACUGGAACCUGUAACAGGGUGACCUGAUAACGCAAUAAAUGUUUUUGUAUUUUUUGUUCAGCUGCCAGCACAUAUAACUGCACAUUUCGUUUAUUCAGCAUUUAGACGCUGUGCAAUGACUAAAAAAGUUGAAUGUGAUAAAUCUAAUUCUAUCGUAGACUUUAUUUUGAUACCUGUGUUUUCGGUGGAAGAGAAUGUUAUACAUUUACACUAAGCAGAUGCUUUUGGUCCAAAGUGACACAUAUCAAGUACAUUUGUCUGUUUGUACUAUUUGUUAUACGAGAUAAUGAACCCUUUUGCAGUGCAAAUGUAGUUAAACAGUGUAAUUAUUAUUUUAAUGAAAAUAUACAUUAAAUGAAUAGUAAUAAAACAGGGGUCACGGAGGGUCACAGAAUUUGGUGCGACCCCGGAACCAACGCCUUCGUUCCGUGUUUGCACCCGGUUGUUUUAAGACCUCCUGGUGUCUGCUUGCAGCGUGGAGAUCGCAGUUGCAGGCGAGCUGGACUGUAGUCCAAUAAGAGGCAUUCCGCUGGUAAGAUGCAUUGUAUAGUACUAUACUCAUAGACUGUAUAGCAUGAUAGAGUUUUUAUUUCCCAGAAGAAAAAAAAAAUAAGUAUUUUUAUUUUGCAACGAUUGUGUCGAGGCUCUGUAAUGCGCGAUGCACAAACGUUAAGAAGUCAGCAGCUGGUUGGAUCCCCUCCAGUCAGGUUGUCCUGUAGUUUGGGUGAUCUGGCGACCCCCUGCCGUUCACCGGUUGCGAAGGUGGCCAGGAUGAAGACCCCUUCACCGGCUGGACCAUCCCAGACCAUUAAAGCUGUCUGUCACUCUCCUCGCCCAGUUAAGACCGUCGGGACACCAGUUCCCUCAUCGUCCUGCUGGCCCUGGAUUAUCGAUGACGGACUUGCCACCUCUCAUUCCCCUUCUAAAGAGUGACUGCUCUACCCCUUGCUCUGUGCCACAAGAAAGACUGCAUGAGUGGAUAUGCUACACCUGCGACAGCCACGUUAGCAGAGGAUGCAUACCACCCAUGGCAGUUGUAAACAAUUUGGAGUUGGCGCCCAUCCCCCCAGAAUUGGCUGCACUUAAUGUGCUUGAGAGGCAGCUGAUUGCAAAAAUCUUGCCAUUUGCAAAAAUUGUUGCUCUGCCAAAAGGCCAACAGAGAGCAGUCCACGGAGCUGUUGUGUGCGUUCCAUCAGAGGUGGAAGCGACCGUCAACAGUCUCCCAAGGCCCAGAGCAGAAGCGCAGCUGCUUCAAGUAAAAUUGAAAAGGCACAUCAAAUACAAAGGUUACAAGCAAUUUUACAAAGUUAAUAUGAAUGUGCUCACUGGCCUUGCGAAAUUGAAAGAGACACAUUUAGAAUAUAAAGACGUGUUUAUCGAUGAGACUGCAACUUUUGACUGUCUGCUCAAAGAAGAGGAACCCAGACAGGAAGAGGAGCUCAGACAAGAAAAGGAGCCCAGCAUCCAAGAGGAAGAUAGGGAUGUCGAUUUGGAGGAAAUUUUUAAAAGCCAAAACGAGCCGGGACAGUUAGAGGCAGAUGAGGAAGAACAGGAGGAGCUGAGACCAGGCCUCUCCCUGGACACUUGCAUGCAGCCCCCCGACAUUGCACAGGAAAUUCUUUCAUAUGGCGAUGGAGUCUUUAGUGUUGCACCCGCGCAAGGCAACAAACCGGUUGGUUUUUUCACCAUACCCAAGUUAGAGGCCAUGGCUUUUCCUGUACAAUUUCCAACAGGAGAGAACACGUUAGAUGAAGCUAGAACCGUCUCCCUGUCCCCGAGCCUCUACUUUAAUUCUAGGCUCUUUGCUGCAGAUACGCGUUUUGCAAGUGACCAGAGUUAUCUUUUCUUUGCGCAGUUUGUUACAGAGACUCACCUCGCGACAAAUAGUAUAUCUAUACAAAUGCGCAAAGGAAAGUCGAAAACCAAAGACGGCCGUAGGAUUAACAAUGUCAUGCUCCAGGACAAGGAUGAGGUAGAACGGCUCAUCAUGAGCCAAGAUGCAACCAGGUUCAUGCAGCCUCUUAGAGGCACUCCAGCCUAUUGGAAUAAAACACUUAAAGAUGUGCACGCCAUGGUUCGUCAAAUUGGAAAACCAACAUUUUUUGCCACGUUCUCCACUGCUGAGAUGAGAUGGCCUGAGUUCAUAGAGGCCAUCAAAGCUCAGCAAGGUGAACAAGGGCUGUUUUCAGAUUUGGAUUGGAAAUCAAAAUGGGACAUUCUGAGAAGUAACCCCAUCACAGUAAUGCGCAUGUUUGAAAAGAGAGUAGAGGCUCUCAUGACGAACCUCAUCCUCUCUCCUUCACAGCCGAUUGGUGAAGUGGAAGAUUAUUUUUAUCGCGUUGAGUUCCAAGCUAGGGGAAGCCCACACAUCCACAUGCUCAUUUGGAUAAAAGAUUCACCUAAAUUUGAAGAGGACCCUGAUAGACACAUCAUGGAAUUUAUAGAUAGAUACAUUAGUUGCAAAAUGCCCGACCCUGACACAGAUCCGGAACUCCACAAAAUAGUGUCAGAGGUUCAGGUGCACAGCAGGAAACAUUCAAAGUCCUGUAAGAAGGGAAAUGUAGCCUGCAGGUUCGGCUUUCCAAAACUACCGAUGGAUAAAACAUUCAUCACCAGGCCCCCCACUAUUAAUUGCCACCAAAAAGAGGAUCAAGAUGAUGCAGACUUCGAAGCGCAAAUAGAGGAGCAGAAAAGGGCCCUCGCAGAAAGGCAAAAAUUGGCUAAACAAACGCUCCAACCAGUUAGAGAUCUGCUUAUGGAUCCAGGCGCUUCGUUCAGCAGUUUGACAGACUUGCUUUGCCAGUGCAACUUAACUUACGAGCAAUACUUUGCCGCCGCGCAGCGCCUGGCAAACACCCAUGUCGUGAUGCUGAGGCGCCAUCCAAAUGAUUGUUGGGUUAAUGCCUACAAUCCUGAUUUGCUUAGAGCAUGGAACGCAAACAUGGACAUCCAGUACGUCAUAGACGACUACAGCUGCAUCAUGUACAUGAUGUCAUAUGUAGCGAAACCGGAGCACGAGAUGACGGAAUUCCUUAAGAACGUCAUCAAGGAUGUAAAGACAUCUGAUGUUAACAAGCGCGACGAAAUGAAACAAAUUAUGCAGGCCUACUCUAAACACAGAGAGGUCAGCGCUCAAGAGGCUGUAGCCCGUACCUGCAGCUUACGCCUCAAGAAGUGCUCCCGAUCCGUGGUGUUUAUUCAGACCGAUGAGGAAGGUCUGAAAAUGAGUCACCCUAUGAGUAGACUGGAAAGAAUGGAACCCAGAUCAGUGGAUGUAUGGAUGUCGGGGUUGCCUGAAAAAUACGUCAACAGACCUCUCACUCGAGAGUUUGAACGUAUGUGCCUGGCCGAGUUCGCGUCAGACUACAAGGUAGUCUACGGCCGGCAAACAGAAAGCCCGAAUGCCAUUCCAUUGUUGAACGAUGAAGGAUUUAUUCAAAAGAGAACCGUAGGAAAACCAGCAAUCAUUAGAUUUACUCGCUUCUCUGAGGAAAAAACUCCAGAGAAGUUUUAUAGAAGAUUGCUGAAACUUUAUCUCCCACAUCGAUCCGACGCCGAUCUGAGAGAUGAAGCGUACCCCACUUAUGAAGAGUUUUAUAAGUGUAGCGACAAGUGGGGUAUGAGAGUAGAGGAAAUAGUGAGGCACAACAAAAAACGUUAUGAGGGCCAAGGAAAAAACAUGGAAGCUGCGUUUCAACAGCUUCAGGUGUGCGGUCCUCUCGUGAAUGCUUGGAACUCUUUUGCGCCCGAAGUUGAAGUUGACCGGCUGGAGUGCCUGGCUGAAUGUGAACCUCGCGAUCAGGAGCAAAACGGUGAAGAUGUCCCAGAAUUCGGCACUAAGAAGGAUAAGGGGAGCUCUAUGCCUAGAAUAGAUGCUCCAGAGUUGAGUCCAGACUUUGUUAGGAAAAUGUACCAAAGUCUGAAUGAAACUCAGGCUUCCGUUUUCUACACUGUUCGACAGUGGUGUUUUGAACUAGUCUGGGGCCACAAUCCAGAACCAUUUUAUUACUUCCUGUCGGGAGGGGCUGGAUGUGGCAAAUCGCAUGUGAUUAAGUGCAUUCACCACGAGGCAACGAGAAUUCUGCGCGAGCUCCCGAGAUUUCGGGACCACGCAGACAUGUCCCAACCCGCAGUGCUGCUGACCGCAUUCACAGGUACAGCAGCAUUUAACAUAUCAGGCAACACGUUGCACUCCAUUCUCAAAUUACCAAGGUCCUUGAAGCCACCUUAUCAAGGUCUUGGGAAUGCACUCGACGAAGUCAGAGCAACACUGGCGAACGCUGAGAUUCUCAUCAUCGAUGAGAUAUCCAUGGUCUCUAAAGAGCUAUUUGCCUACGUGCAUUGGCGAUUUCAGCAGAUCAGGGGUAAUCGGAAGCCAUUUGGAGGCAUGUCUGUCCUUGCUGUAGGUGACUUUUAUCAACUGCCGCCCCUUGGUAAAGCCAAGCCACUGUGUGUGUACGAGGAGACUGAGUUCGAUCUCUGGAAGGAUAACUUCAAAAUGGUCACCCUGACAGAGAUCAUGCGACAGAAAGAAGAUCGAGCUUUUGCUGAACUCUUGAACUGCCUCAUGGUGAAGCAAAAGGAAGAUUCUUUGUUGGAUGAAGACAGGCUCUUGCUUACACAGGCAGUGGCUGAUAGUCAGCAUUGCCCAGCACUGAGUCUACACAUCUACGCCACAAACAAAGAAGUAGACCGUCACAACGCCGACAUCGUAACUGCUUCCUACAAGGAUGCGAUUGGCGUUGCAGCUCGUGAUUUUCGAAAAGACCCCAGAACUGGCUGCAUGACGUUUGUGUCUGGGGAAAUUAAAGGACACAAGCGAGAUUUGCCCGACAACAUAAUGGCUGCUCAAGGGCAGAGAUACCGCAAAAAAAUCUUAGGUCCCUCAGAUGACUCAGUGUACAUCGAAAGAUCUGAGGAGAACCUAAGUAACAAGAAAGGGAUUGUUCGCUGGCAGUUCCCCAUGAAAUUAGCUUUUGCUUGUACGGCCCACAAAGUUCAAGGAAUGACCAUGCCGUCGGCGGUUGUGUGUCUGAAGCGUGUUUUUGAACCUGGUAUGGCGUACGACCUCGCUUCAAGGUCUCACCAUCCUUGACUUUGAUGAGAAAAAAAUUUAUGCUGACCCCAAGAUCAAGACAGCCCUGGAAAGUAUGCCUCAUGCAUCUUUCCAGAGCUGUAGACCAUUGUUAACGUUUUUGAAAUCUAUACAACAAACGCCAAAGGUUUUGACAAUUGUCCACCACAACACGCAGGGUCUGCCAUGUCACAUGGUGGACCUGAAAGCACAUCACGAGCUCCAACAAGCAGAUGUGCUUUGCCUUACAGAGACACAUUUGUCAGGGUCCUCUGUAGCUGAAAUUUUUCAAUUGGAGGGGUACACCAUGUUCACACGUAGCAGACAGCUGUCUUACAACAGCUGUGUGAACAUGGCCAAAAAAGAGGGAGGUGGAGUUGCGAUGUACUGUAGAGACACUGUGCAAGCAGAGCCUCGCAGGUACAUGCAACAGGUCACUGAUUUGGAGUUUGUUGUCCUUAAAAUUGAGGCUCCAGUCAAAGUGCUAAUAGCGACUGUGUACAAACCGCCAAGUUUUCAACUGGGAAUCUUUCUCCAAAACUUGAAAAACCUCUUGGACUCAUUGGACAUGUUAAAUCACCAGCCCAUCAUUGUUUGUGGCGAUUUUAAUGAGGACCACCUUUCAAAGGGAAAAAAAAGUAUCAAAGAUUUGUUUCAGUCCAGAGGUUACACUCAAUUAGUAGCAAAUUCGACAACCGAAAAGAACACACUGAUUGAUCACAUUUACAUUUCACAUCCUGAUAAAUGUCUUCAAUCAGGUGUUCUCCAAACAUAUUACAGUUACCACAGUCCAGUUUAUUGUAUUUUGACUGAGUAAUGACUUAUCUCCAGCUGUUACGUCCAAGACCUGUUGUGCCACGUUUUUACAGUGUACCAGGAGCUGUGGUCCUCUCCGGGUGAGUAUAGCAUCCGAGUGUUUCUGAUUUCAGUUUGUGGUUGAUCUCCCUGGUUAGUUAGGGAGUGUGCCAGCUGGGCAGAGCAAUCUGUCCUUCCAUCGGUGUACUAUUUGUUAUUUUGCCUUUUUUAUUUUCGAGGCAAUCCUGGGUGGAGACAUGUUUCUCUGGUGGGGGCGAGCAUUUCAGGGCCUUGGUCAUUUGGCUGAGGUUUACUGAAGUUUUGCUUUAAAGAAGCCUCGAGCCCAGCACGUCUCAGAAGAUAGUUAGGUUUAGUUUGGAGUUAGGCAGGUACCAGGGGGCUUGCUUCAUUUGCACUCGGAGAUUUGCUCACUAGUGAUUGAUGUCAUUUAUUUCACUAUUUGGUCUUGUUUAGUCUUUUAGUGUGUUUUAGUCUUAUGUAAUUGUUUUUCAUAUGUAUGUGGUUGCAGUGGCAUGUCUUGGCUGGAAAUAGUUUAAUUGUAUAAUGUAAAUGUGUAUGUAUGUAUUUGUUUAUUUUAGAAUGGGGUCAGCAACUUUUUUCAUGUUCUUAUUAUCUCUUGAGAUGAUGAGAACGACCGGGCCAGUGUGUUAAAUGUUUUGUAAUUAAUAAUUUUGUAAAUGCCUUUAAACAUUUUUUUAAUAUAUUUAUCAUGUAUUUAUUGACAUUGUAAAAUCUUAACUCAUGAUGUUCUCAUCUAUUUAGAUGAGAAUGGCAUGUGUAAGAUAUGAUGUAAGCUGCAAUGUAAUAGCUAAGCUCAUGUAAGAAUUACAUUGGCUAAGCUAAGCUUACAUAAUUGAUCAUGUAAUUAUGUAAUUUAAGGAUGUAUGUUUAAUGAAUCAUGUGUUUUUCUUUUAUUAUUCAUGUAAUGUAAUUGUUUUUUUUUUUAUUGUGUUUUUUUUUGUUUUUUUGUUUUUUUCUGCUGGGUUGUUGUCACCACAUUAGCUACGCUAAUCUUAGCUAAUGUAGUGUAGGAGUGUCAGAGAGAUGCAGACCAAGCUGCAUGUCAAACCAGGUGCAUAACAAAGAUGAUCCAGUGAGAAGGACCCUCUCUCCAGCAAAGACAACAACCCAGAAGAAAAUACGGGAAGUAAUAUUUCAUUAAAUUCUCAGCUUUCACUUAAAAUGUUUACAUCAGUCUUUUGAACCUGUAACUAAUUUAUGUCUUUUCAAUCUGGCAAAAUUUAUACAGACUACAAGAAGAAGACCUCCAGAGGACUGCAGCAACAAUAA